AUGGAAACAGUUAAUCGCCACAGUAAACUUAACAAGAUACAAGUUAGCCGCUUUCUGCAAACGUUGCGUUACAUCAGUGCCUCAUCGGUGUAUUUAACAAAGCGAGAUAACUUCAUUUCUCCUGUUUCUGUACAAAUUCGUUGGAGUCUGACCAUGACUUCACUUUUGGUUACUACAACCAGUGAAAAACAGGUGGAUGCCGCUAUAGUUUGGGAUCCUCUUGGAGGGAAUCCUGUCGCUAGCCUGUCUGGCGACUUGGCUUCGAGAGCAUCUAUUACCGGAUACUUUGGGGGUGUAGCUUGCUCCGCUGCCAGAAAGCCUAUCAUACAAACUUGGAAUUUCCACAGCGCCACUUCAACGCACAAAAACAUUUUAACAAAGGGGCUGGUUAAUGCCUUUCUUUUUACCCCAGAUGGAAAUUAUAUCAUCAUUGCAUUUGAUAGAGAAAUUUAUGUGUAUCAAACUGCUAGUGGUUGUCUGAUUGGCGUUUUGGAAGGAUCCCAUUCAACCAAAAUAUGCGAGAUGAAACUGGCCAACUGGAAUUCAAAUGGACCGGCAUUUUUGGUUUCAGCCGAUAUCGCCGGAUUCCUAGCUUGUUGGUCUUUGGGAAACCUUGUCAGUGGGAUAGGUAUGGUAAGCUCACAGAGUACAAAUGACGUGUCGACAUCUAAUACCAACAUACUAAAUACCAAACAUGCCCCACUGUGGUAUAUCAUUCAAACAAGCAGUAGUCAUCCUGUAUGUUCCGUUAUGCAGGAGAUGGUUGUUGUAGGAGGAUCUCAGGGUCUAAAGAUGUACGAUUUAUAUGAUGGUUCCGUUCUCGGAUCUUUGCUCACAGAUGUCUCCGGCGGUUUGCUGAGCCUAUGUCCUUCACCUGAUGAAAAUGGGAAGCUGUUCUGUGGAGGAAAUGGAGGUUUGCUUUAUACAGCAUAUAUACAAUCAGAAAAAAAUUAG